CUCAUGAAGCAGUGCUUCGAAAAAACCCAUCACUACCGAAAGUGCGCAUGCGUGAACUAUGUUUUCAUAAUGGCGUCAGUCGAGCUGAGGAAACUUUUAGAGGAGUUUCUCGAUCGUCUUGGUAUUGAGACGAUCUGCGUUGAUCAUCCAGAGGUGUUCACUGUGGAUGAGAUGAUGCCUCAUGUGGCUCAUCUGAGUGGAAUGGUCACGAAGAACCUCUUCCUGAAGGACAAGAAGAAGAAGAGUCUUUGGCUGCUGUCGGCGCGUCACGACCGUGAACUGAACCUCGGUGACGUAGCCAAGCGUCUGGGGCUCGGCAGCGGGAACCUGCGGCUCGCCGAGGAGUCUCUGAUGCUGGAGAAGCUGAAGGUCGGCCGGGGUUGUGCCACAGCUCUCUCUCUCUUCUGUGAUGAAGACCAGAGUGUAAAGAUGGUGUUGGACAGAGAUCUGACCAGCGGGGGCCACGAGAGAGUUUAUUUCCAUCCCAUGACUAACAGCGCUACCAUGGGCCUGAAACCAGACGAUCUGGUAAGAUUUCUGAAGGAGACAAACCAUGAGCCCAUCAUCCUUAACUUUGAUCAAGCAUCCUGAACCUCCACAGUGUCAAACGCUGCUGAUCUUUGAACAUCGUGAAGAUGGCUUUCAGACUAUAACUGUUCAGUGGACCAGCACGACAUGCUCAGUCUGAUUUAAAAUCAUAUUACAUUUAUGGAUUGGGCAGACACUUACAGACUAUUUAAUCUACACAUUAUUUAGUGCGUGUGUACUGUAUGUGCUCUGGGGUUGAAACACAUUUAGCAGCAGGUUUUUGGUGUUUUAUCUGAUUAACAGUUUUGUAUCUCCUGUUUUUGUUGAGAACAUCUCUUUAUGAACUGUAAACUGAAAGUGCUUUUAAGCAAUCUUUCAAAAACUGUUUUGCACUUUAAAUCCUCAAAAUAAACAUCAAGCGCUUUAAAAAAAACUUUAAUAUAUUAUUUUGUUCUCUUAUUUCUCGACUUUUAUCACAAUGGUAAUCAACAUACAAGUACAUAGAAAUGCAUGCUAACACGUGUGUGUAAUCCACAUGUUAAUAAACAUGACGGUUCAAUUAUCAGCGAAAGAUUGUGAUAUUGAUAAUGGCACAGUAAAGAUGUUUUAAUCACUUAUCUAUCUGAAUGAUGAAGAGAAAACUGAAGCAGUAUAAAGUCUGUAAUACACAGAAGAAACCGGAGCGGAGCAACAGAACCACACGCAGUAUAGUUUUGGUCUGAUGGUAUUCAAUCCUUUAGGGUUUGGAUUUAUUCUUCUGCAGAUAUAAACGUGUAUGAAACACACAUGCAGUCACACCUGUCAGG